UCUCUGUCUCUCUUUCUCUGUUCUUCCUUUUUAUUUGUUUGGUCUCCUUUAUGUGGAGGACCUUUUUUCUGUCUUUGGUUCUCGACCGCCGUUGAAUCUCUAAGAGUAUCGGAAUCUGUGAAGCAUCCAUGUAGUUUUGUCCUAAACAGAUCCCUGUGUUGUGCGGGCUAAUGAACCGAAGCCGCAAUUGACUGAAUUGGUGCGCUGGUUUUUCGAUUUCACCCACUCUCUCUCUCUCUCUCUUUUUGCGCGAUUUUCUACUUUGCGGGUUUCCUUCUUCACAAUUCACGAACUGAAAUUGGCAUUUCUUUUUUUUUUUCAUCACUGUUCUCUCAUCUCUAUUAAGCUCAUGUUGGAUUGUUAUGUAUGAGCUUCUCAUUGAAAGUAAAAGAUUUCCUGCUUCCUUGUGAUGUUUCAGUCUUUUUUCGUUCUGUUUCCUUAUUUUCUGGAAUGGACUGUUCAUCGCCUAGUAAAAAUUGAAGCCCUGCCAUCAGAACUCGGAGCUUUUUGCUUUCAGUAGCAAAGAUAGUUAAGAUAGUAUCCUUCCUCUAGGUGGUAGUCAGUUUCUUCUUUUUCUUUUAAUAGUUUUUCAGUGUCAACAUGCACAUUUUGUGAGGCAUUGGUGCCGGAGAUUCAUGAGUAUUAGUUUUUGUGGACGACCAAUGGGUUCUUAGUACAUUUGGGCAGUGUUAUCAAAUACUCUGGUUGAGGUGGAAACAGAUGGACUUAUGAGUCUAUUGAUGGCUGUGUAUCUGGAAGACUGAAUCACUAGGUUUUUUAAUUUUAGUCUCGAACCUUAGUAGUGUGGAUUUAAUUAUAAAUUUCCUCAGGCAGUUCGGUAUAUCUGCUUUCUAGAUUAGCAAAGUUGGAUUUAAUAUUUUAUAUACUUGCAGCAGGUUUAUGGAAGUGAAAUCUUAUUACCUUGACAUGGUUCAAUAAUAUUGCGCAUUGCUCUUUUCCAUUUGCAAGUCUGAAGCAUGGCAACGCCAUGUAGUAUGUUCCAUCUGUAUCUUUUUAUGCCAGUGUAAUUAGGGAUAAUAUCUGAUCUCUUGCAUGAUCUCUCAACUUUUAACUGAUAUGCUUAUUCUCAACCAUCGAGAUCCACACCUAACAACUGCAGUUGGGGAAGAUUUGGUUGCCAGAAACAAGAAAGUUGGUCUAUUUUGCCUGUGUAUGCAGACAUGGGUCAGCUGAGCAACAGACAUCAGUAGGUAUGGAAUGCCUUGACAAGCUGACGAUAACAUGUUGCAGUGCCUGGAGGGAAUUAAGCAGCUGUGUGCUUCCAUUGUCAAGUGUUGCGACCUAGAUUUCUACAGGUCAGCAAAGGGCCUUGAGGAUCCUGAAGUACUUGCAAGGGAGACUGUGUUUAGUGUAAGUGAAAUAGAAGCACUGUAUGAGCUAUUCAAGAAGAUCAGCAGUGCAGUGAUUGAUGAUGGAUUGAUAAACAAGGAGGAAUUCCAGUUGGCAUUAUUCAAGACUAGUAAAAAAGAGAGUUUGUUUGCAGACCGGGUCUUUGAUUUGUUCGACACUAAGCAUAAUGGAAUGUUAGGAUUUGAAGAAUUUGCACGGGCAUUGUCUGUCUUUCAUCCCAACGCUCCAAUUGAUGAUAAGAUCGACUUUUCCUUUCAAUUAUACGAUCUCAAACAGCAAGGUUUCAUUGAGCGCCAAGAGGUGAAGCAAAUGGUAGUGGCUACACUUGCGGAAUCUGGCAUGAAUCUUUCAGAUGAUAUAAUUGAAAGCAUUAUCGAUAAGACCUUUGAGGAGGCAGAUACAAAACAUGAUGGUAAGAUUGACAAGGAAGAGUGGAGGAGUCUUGUUCUGCGCCACCCUUCUCUUCUAAAGAACAUGACUCUACCGUAUCUCAAGGACAUUACAACUACUUUUCCAAGUUUCGUCUUCCACUCUCAAGUCGACGACACAUGAUGAUCUGAUUAUUUAUUUUGGGAGAUCAAUUGAAAGACUUGUUGCUUCCUUGGAGAUACAUUAGUGUUAAUAACUUUUAUGAGCCAGUGCAAACAUUAUUAUUCCGGUCCAUUUGUUGUAUUUUUUUUUUCCAGCAUUGCCAUUUUCCUUCACUGUUUGUAUUUAGUGUUUAAUCUGCACAAACUUCUCGCCUCUUAAAAUAGUUGACCGCAUGAGAUGCCAUGUUGAGUAUA